CUGCUUCAUCUCCACCCACUCACUCGCUCACUACGUUUCGUCACCUCACCAUCCAUCUGCGCCCCCGACAGCUCUGAGUCUGCCUGUCCAGUCAGAGCAGAGGGUGUCUGUUUCUUGCUUUAUCACGUUGGCAACAUCCGUCUCUCAAAUUAUGCCCUGUUGAUCCAAUACGACAGUCGCGUUUCCCCCAUCCACCUUAUUGCCACCCAGUCCUUCGACCUGCGCGUCAUCGUGAACAUGCCCAAGCGCAAGUCUGAUGAAGCGGGUGGCACCGCCACCCCUUCACUUUCCUCCUUGGACGCUGCCUUGGAUCUUUUAGCGUGCGAAAUGUUCGGACGGCUCGAGUCUCUCACUUCGAAGUUUGAGGCGGCUGCGGGCGUCAAACUCAACGAGGGAGAAGUCAUGCGCCGGUGGGAGGAGGCCUCCAAGCGAUAUUUGGUCAUGAAGAGCAUGGACGAGCUCACCUGCAGCGCUAAGUCUGCGCUAGACGGGAGUAUGGUACUGGAUGAAGGGGCUGAUGCAGAGCGCAGUGGGGACUCCGCUCUCUACGCACGACCUUUGCCUACCUCGCAUCACCCUGGAGCUGUGAGGACGUUCGAGCUUGAUGGCGAAGAAGAACUUCACUGGCGUCGCUGGAGCCCCCGAGUCAACGAUGUGGUUCUGGCAGAGCUGCAGGAUGGCGCCGUGUGGCCUGCAAAGAUUAUUGAUAAGAAAGUUUUCUUCCAAGGACGCAGCUCCAUUCCUAGGGGGAACAACUUUUAUCCCAUCCGGGUCUACGCAGAGGACAUAGCACCGACGAUGACAGUAAAGUCGCGCAUGAUACCCCUCCAGCUGCGCUCCUCGCCGCCUCUUUUGGCUUCAACAGAGCUAAUCAAUGCCUACAACCAUGCGCUCAACCCAACCACUUUCGAUGCCGUGGCCGCAAAUCAGGAGCAGGCUGCUGCAUAUGCUCGCACUCAUCCAGGAGCUGGCGAUAUGUCCUCGGAUGCUAAGAUCGCCGCGGAAAAGGACAGCUGGAAGAAGUUCGUCAACUGGCUCAUGAAUGAGCGGCGAGUCGAGAAGUUGCGGAAUCUCAGCGAAGAGCGAGACAAACGUCUUCGGGAAGUGGCCAAGACCUUGCAGAACGGGGCGCUGGAAGAAUGCGCCGAGGAAGUCGAGGAGGACCGCGCGUCCAGGAAGCGUCGCGUUUCGGUAUCACUGCCGCCUUUUUCUUACUCAAACACAAAAACGGUGCAUAAGGUCGACAGCGAAUCGAAUCAGCGUGGCGGAAUCUUUCGCAUUGCUGAAUUGAAUGGUUCUCCGUCUUCGGGUCACGGCGCGUCGAACAGCUCGAGGAGUAUAACUCCUAUGUCAUCAUACAUCCGUCCGGCCUUGUCCGUCCCCCUCCGCCCCAACUCGCCUCGUCGAGCGGAUCGCCGUCGAAACAACGCGCUAGCAGGACUCGGCGAGUUCAGCCCACGUCGCGGUUCGACCUACACCCCGCCACGCGUCCUACCCUCUGGCGACGAGACCGCGCCGUUCUCACCCAGUCCCGCUCCAACUCUUAAGAGCUUUGACUUCUGCAGUCCGCUUGCCCUCAAGUACGAGCUCGCGGAUGAUGACGUGGUUAUGGCCGCUAAAGUUGGAAGCAAGGGUUCCAGUCUAGAGGCAGUGAAGGAGGAAGAUGGGGAAGAGGGAGAAUGGAGUCUGGUGUCGCGAGCAAAGCGGAAUACUCGUUCCAGACGAGCGGGUUCUGAGCCAUGCGAAAAGGCCGAAGCGGUCGUUCCCCGACCUACUGGGAUGGGGUCUGACGACAUAGCUUUGUAG